GUCAGUUUCAUUCUCUCUCCACAUCAAUCCCUCUCUCUCUCUCAUCCUCUUCUGCAAUGCAACAAAAACAAAACUCUCUCACUCCUCUUCACAAAAACUUUUCAACACUUUUUCACAAGCAAUCCCUCGUAGGAAAAAAAUAUAUAAAAUAUAAAAUAUACUAAAAAUGUAAAACAAAAUCCAAGUUUUUUCCUUCAAUCCAAAUCCAAUAUUCUUCUUCAUUUUCUUCCCCUUUUUUGAAAACCCUUUUCCUCAUUCUUCUCAAAGUUUCAACCUUGAUCUUCAUCACCCAAAUUCAUAGCCUUUUUCAUUCAGAUUUUAGGGUUUUCAUUGUUACUGGGUCACCUUCAAGUUCAUUCCUUUGAUGGGUUUUUGUUCUUUUUUUCAGUGCUUUCUCUUAAACUCGUUAAAGGGUCAAGGAUUAUAGUGCUAGAUUUUUUUUGUUUUAAGUGGGGUCGUUGAAAAAGUUGAAGAAUCACAUUGUGUUUUGUGAAAAAAGGAAUGAUUUUUAUCUACUAUGUUGCUUUGUUUUAUUUGGGUUUUGAGGCUUUUGUGAACAGUUGUUGCUUUUUAUCUUGGAAGCUUAUUUUGGAAGCAAUUUACUUCACUUUUGAACGUGAUAGUAUUUAGUGUUAUCAUGGACUUGCACAAUGGUCUCUUUUGAUCCAUUUUCUUUUUGGAUUCUGAGUUAUUUUUACUUGUGAAACUUGUGAAAUUUAUCUCUUUUAUUUAUGAUGUUGGAGUAGUUGGUAUUAUUAAUUUAGUUAUAUUUGGUAGAUCAAGUUGAUUUAUUUUUAUGGGUAGUAGCAUUGAUGAUUUGGAAUCACAAAUGUUUAGUUAUAAGGGUUGUUGGAUUUAUGGUGAUGGUUAUCAAUAGCUUUUGAUGAUGUUUUAGUUUUUAGUCUUAAGAGUGAGGUUUCACUUUCAUCAAGUAUUUGGGGGUGGAAUCUGAAGAGGUAAUGGUGAUGGAGGAUAUAGGGUUGUUUAAUCAAGUUUGGCAAUGGGUUAGGUCGAGAAAAGAUGCUUGUUGGCGUGCUCAAACUGUGGUGGUUUGUUGUAGAGAUAGAACUGCGAUGUUUAUUGAACGCCAUUGGCCUAUGGUGUGUAGGGGUUGCUCAAAAUUGGGGAGCUUAUUAAGGUUAUCAUUGAUGUUUUGGAAGGACUCUGCUAUAAGGGGGUUUCAGUCUUUCAUUAGGUUUGGUUCAGUGAUGCUUCUGCUUAUAAUGUGGAGCUGCUUUCUUAGUCUCACUUCGAUGUAUUGCGUGGCUUAUGUGCUUGUUAGCAUGGUUGCUGCUGGGGUUGCUGUCCAAUACUUGGGUUAUACUCCUGGGAUUUUUAUCGUAGGGCUCUUUGGCAUCCUUAUUUUGUGGAUGUAUGCUAACUUCUGGAUCGCAGGAUUAUUACUCGUAGUUGGAGGCUGUUUUGUCUCCCUAAAUCAUGCACGCUUUGUGGUAUUAAUUGGAACCGCAUAUGCUAUGUAUUCUGUUCAAAUAACAGUGGGAUGGCUAGGUCUUUUCCUUGCCAUAAACCUUGCAUUUCUUUCAAACGACAUUCUGAAUUUUCUGCUUCAAUGGUUUGAUAACGUGAGUGAAAGUUCGCAUUCUGAAGAGCAGAAGCAAUCCGAAACAGUUGUUGAAGACGACUUCUCUGAAGAGUGUGAAUAUCCUAUCCCACCAGUUGAAUCGGAGAAUUUGCAUUCAUGCAAAUCAUCCAGUAAACCACCUGCUGUCACCACAUCAGUAGUUGAUAAGCAGAAAGAAGUUUUGGUUAACAAAGUUGUUAAAGAGGAAACAAAUUCAAUUGAUGAAAUGAAAAGGAUAUUGAAGAGUCUUAAUCAUUAUGAAGCCCUUGGAUUUAUUCGCAACAAAAAGAUCGAUGCAGCAAUUUUGAAAAAGGAAUACCGGAAAAAGGCUAUGCUUGUGCAUCCUGAUAAAAACAUGGGCAGUUCUUUGGCAAGUGAGUCAUUUAAGAAGCUUCAAUGUGCAUACGAGGUUCUUUCUGAUUCUGUGAAAAAGCGAGACUAUGAUGAACAAUUAAGAAAAGAAGAAUCCAUGGCUAAAAGUGUCUGCCAGAAAUCCCACAGUAGUUCACAUCAGGAUAAUACUGAAUAUCGUUCUGAAGAAUCGAGACGUAUUCAAUGCACAAAGUGUGGGAAUUCACAUAUUUGGGUAUGCACCAACAGGACUAAGGCCAAAGCAAGAUGGUGUCAGGACUGCUGUCAGUUUCAUCAAGCGAAGGAUGGAGAUGGUUGGGUCGAAUACAAGGGGUCUUUGGUUUUCGACAGGCCUCAAAAGGUGGAGAUUCCCCGUGCUUUUGUUUGUGCUGAGAGCAAAAUAUUUGACGUAUCAGAAUGGGCUAUAUGUCAGGGAAUGGCUUGUAGGCCUAAUACUCAUCGACCGAGCUUCCAUGUAAACAUGGUUGGCUUAGAGAAAAGCCAACGCUGCAACUCAAGUAGAUUCCCAUGGGAUUUGGAUGCCGAAAUGAUGAUGGACGAAGAUGAAGAGGCAUUCAACCUGUGGCUUCAGCAGGCGUUAGCAUCUGGUCUCUUUUGUGAGACCUCGAAACGAAGGAAAAGUUGGAGUCCAUUCAAAUUGCCUCAAAAGAAAGGCAAAAACCAAUGGCGAAGAACUUCAUGCUGAAAAGCUCAAUAGGGAAAAAUCAUAGUUCAUUGCGCCUAUCCCUAAGGGAUUGGAUGGAGUUGAUCAUUUUGUAGAAGAAAACCGAAAUGGAUUGCUGAGAUCAAAACUAGAAGAAAUGGCUUAGCAACACUAAGAACAAGAUAGAUGAGUCAUGAGAGAGCAUUGUGGUGAAUUAUAAGAGCCAAAGGUUGCCAAUUUUCUGUACCAUAUUUCAUAUCCAUAAAUAUAUUUAUACACUAAGUUAUAUUGAUAGUGCAAAAAACCUUGGUUUCUAGGAGAUUCUCACAUUGCUCAUAUGGCCUCCUUAAGGUUUUCAGAACUGAAACAUGAGUUGGUUGACAUUGAUCUAUGGCCUAUUGUAUCCUUGUUCUUAUAUUAGAAUUAAAAGGUGUUAUUUUCAA